CAUCUGUUCGAUGUAAUGGUAGUGUUUACGUUAUCGUCCUAUGAUAGCUGGUUCAGCAGGUCUUUACUCACAUCCCCUUAUGGCAUUGGACAUUGUUCCUUCCCACACAAACUAGCGCCAAUUUCAAACUCAAGUGACCUUGACGUUUUACUUUUCCGGCAUUUACAUGGGAAUUAGGAUUGUGCAUAACUGAGAAUUAUUAUCGGAAGUCAUUCAGAUCUUGUGAUUAAUUUUGAAUGGCAAUAUGGAUGCAACGAAGGUUAACACCCGUUUAUUGCAGUAUGAUGGAGUUUGUCAGGAUUCACAAUUAUCAAAACCGAUGGAAAGGAAGCUAGAUUCAGUAAACAAUAUUCCUCUUGGUUCAGUAAUGCCUCAUCAAUUAACUAAUUCAUCGGUUGAUACGCCUCCAAUUUCUUCAGUCUAUCUUGAACAAGGAGAAUACUUUUUUGACGAUGAGUUCGCAGAGCCAGAGGAUUCACAUUCACAUGAAAAUGGGGAUGAUGCCAUUAGAUAUACAUUAAUGGUACAGUCAGUAGAUUGCGAUCGGAAACCUUUACCGGAUGUAGUUGGUCAGUUUCGUUCUGAUUCUUGCAUAUUCAGUCCAGUCAAUUCAAGAGAAAGUAAUCUUAGUAGUUCUAAAGUUCCUGGGACUCAUUCAGUUGACAGCAGUAAUUAUGAGAAAGACGAUGCAGUAUCGAAAGAUGCUGAUUGUAAAAAUCUUAACUCAAAGACAAGAUUCCAUCAUCCCUCGUCUAGGAAAGCGAAUGGAGUAGACGAAGGGCACGCAAAUGAAUCUGAAAGUUCAGUUCAAUGUAGUGCGUCAGGUUCUACAAGUUGGAUGAACAUGCUUAUGGAACGUUCUUGCAAUCCUGAACUUCGGGCUCUGAUCAACAGAACUGCUGCAGCCGUCGAUUACAAACUUGCGUAUGGUGAUUCUAUUGCAUUUCAACGUCAGCUUGAAGAUAGAUCAACUGAAUCAUUAAAAUGUAAUGUGUCAGAUUUAGGACCAGACAAUCGUUCACUGAGCCAGGGGAAUCUCUUAACUGCUACUAGUUUGGCAGGUUUACGUCACGCUUUAGACCAAACCACUCAAGUACUGCCUAAAUAUGUCGCACGAAAUCCUGAAUUGUGUUCUGUUGGAGUUUCUGCUGACCUGAUCUCUGAUACGAUGACUGUGUCCCAUAAAAAUAAAGAUUCUAGUGAGACGACAACUUCAAACACAACAACUUGGGCUAAAAAGCAUGGCAGUCGAGAAAGUCUGAAGAGAAGAUCUCUUAGACCAACUGACCUGACUGUCUUUCCAUAUCCUAAUGUCGAUAAGAAUAGUGAAGCUGAAAAUGAUAAUAAAACAACUUGGCAAAGUAUCAAAGAGGCUAAUGGAGCUUUAAUAACAUGGAAUCAACUUAAACGAGUGGUCAAACGAGCCGAGAGUCUUGGCAAGUCAUCUAGUGUCCGUGAAAGCCGCCGAGACCAACAUGAUCCGAAUGGUGUUUUGAUUUCUAAACAAGCUAUGACUAGUUCAGUUAAAAAUCGUUCACAUUCCCAACCCAUAUCCGGUGCUUGCCAUAUGCAUCGCUUCUCAGGAACAUUGUUAGAAAUAUUUAUGCGUGCUAGAGCUCGAGGUACAUCAUCCUUCGGUGAUGGUUCUGUUACAGACUUGAAUGGAUCUUUACAUAAAGAUAACUCAAAUUCUGCUUAUUCAAAUCCUGCUUAUUUAAUAAAUCAAGGUUAUGAACGGGCAGACAUGGUUAUGAAUAGGCGAAAUUGUCAACCAGGAGUAACCAAUUCACCACGUAUUUCAGGCAACAGAAAAUCUUGUUUGUUCGAUGGAAUAGACCCACGAAGAUCAGUUAAUGAAAAUGACAAGUAUCUGCUACUACGCAGGGACAAGAUUUUGCCGAAUAAGGGUAAUAUCCAGUUUUCACCCUUGUACACUAGUGCUGACGCUGUUGCUCGUUCUAUGCGUAACUUUGGAGCCCAGUUUCCUCCUUUAGAUGAUUCCAGAGAAAUAUCGUGCAAAGCUCCCUUUAAUGGUCAGCAAAAACCUGAGAAUAAUCAAAAUACUUUUCCAAUCUGGUCAACGAAACUGCCACUACGUAAUGGGAAUUCUGUUGCAUAUACUAACUAUUACACUACAGUCCGUCAUAGCCAUCCACAACCACUUUAUUUGAACAGACCAUUGUCUGCCCUUCAGGGUCAGUCGAACUCCAAGAGAAAUGUUAAUACCAAUGCUCAACAGUCUUCAUCUCCAGUUGAAACCCCUACUAUUGCGGCUUGUCUUACAGCGUCUGCUGGACCAGAUUCACCAUACAUGGCAGCACUACGAGCUGGAUGUGCUGCCAGAGGUUAUGCUGUUGGUUGGAUUGGAAAUCCACGUGCUUCGAUUGCUUAUCCAGGUUUAGGUCUUUUGUCAAUUCCUCGUCCAUCAAGAUUAGCUGGGUCUGCAUUCCUUUCUCAUACCUUACCUGACUUGUCAUUUUUAACCCAAGCUGGAGUUGAAGAGGAUCGUAAGGGUACACCAACUAUGUCUAAGCGUCGAGCAUCUUGUCUGUCAAAUACUCAGACGAAGAAAAACUGCACUUGUACAAAAUGUGGCUGUCGAUCUAUUUCAGCCGGUCGUGUUUCUUCCAAAAACAUGUGUUCAGAUAGGUCAUCGAAAUCACUGGCAACUAAAGGUGCAUCUGGGACAGCAAAGAAUCCACCUGAUCAUAAUAAUACAUCUUCAUCAGAUAUGAAUGCACCUGAUGUUGUACCUUCUUCAAUUGGACAAAAUUCAAGUAAUAGAAGUAAUCCUUCAGAAAUGCAGAAAGAAGUCCCAAGUCAAUUACAAUGUCCUGAAGCUGUUGAGCGAUCAUCAUCUGAACCUGACUUAAGUGGUGCAGUUCCUAGUAAAAAUAGUCAACUAAUGUAUGGAUCUGUGGACAGUAGUUCCUAUUGGGCUUGCUCUACUUCACAAUCUCAGAAAGAUCAAAUUAAUUCCGAUAAAAACCGUGGGGACAAUACAGUGGCGUCAGGGAAUAAUGGCUUCAGUUUAAAUUCCCGACCGAAGAAGAGUGUCAGUUUCAACGGUAAUAUUCGUUUGUUACAGUUGAAUUCAAAAGAUUCUUACAAUCACUACAGUGAUUCAUCGGCACAACCAUCACCUGAACCUAAAGUAAUUCCACGAAAUUGGGGUUUAUAUGGACAAGAACAACCACUGGCUGAAUUCAAUCCCCGAUGUAGCCCAAGUUUAGAAAGUGAAAAAAAUGGAAAAUUAAUUCGUCAUUCUGAUGUUGAUGUCAGAUAUCAUGCAAUGGUCAAUGAUGUUAUUAAAGCAGUACAAGAAACAGUUGCCUACUAUUGUAAUCCAAAUUUGGGAAGUAAAACUGAUGGACAAAUGAAUGGAGAUAAUUGUUCACAAGAUGCACUACCGUAUUCAAAAAUUGAAGCGAUUGGCUCUUCAGGACGUCAACCACUCCUUGCAGUUGUCCCUCCCUUAACUAUUCUACUUUGUGAUGGAUUACUACCACCUGCAAAACCUAUUUUCACCUCUCGACCAAGAACACGUUUAUGGCAGUUGGUAGAAGAGAGUUGCAGACCAGGUGCAUUGCCUACCGGUGUAGCUUAUCAUGUGUUAAAUGAUGCUAUUAGUCAGGUCAAAGCAUUGACUAAUAUUACUUUGGAGAAAACAAAGUUCAGAGCAUUUAUAUGCGCCUGUUUAAAUGCAAAAGCUUUACCAAUGUGGUUGAAUGCACUUGUCGCCAAUGAUACAUUACUUCGCAGAUUCUACUGUGAAGAUGCAUUCAUUCGUCAAUGUCGUUCUGGUCAACGUGAAUUACACGCUGAUCUAAUGACACAUUUAGAACAAUUGUUAGCAUUUCCUUUCAAUUUAGACUUAUCAAUUGAAGUACGUAAACCAUUAGUUGAUCCACAUAUAACAACAACAACAACAACCCCAACAAACAAUAAUCUGAUAAAAUCAUCUGUUCCACCUACAACACAAAUACCGACAAAUAAUAAACAGCCUCAAUCGCAUGGAGGUGAAUCGGUACCAUCGUCAAAUAAUAAAACAACAUUACGUUCAAAUAUUCCUCCUGCUACAGUUGUCACACGUCGACAAAUGAUUAAUUUAAAUGGUAAUUCUAGCAGUCGUAUUCCAUCAGCAUCAUCAAUCCCGUCAACAGUUUCAGGAAAUUCCACGACUAAUAAUACAUCAACGUCUAAUAAUCAUUGUUAUUCUCAACAUCAUUUGCCUACACAACGCCCUAUGCCGUCAAGAUUACCAUCUGCUUCAAAUUCUGUGAAACACAGUACACGCUCGAGUACUAUUGAUAAUAUUGAUUCCAAGUCAAGUAAUCAUAAUACUACUACUACUACUAAUAAUAAUAUAUCAAAUGAAACAACUGGUCUUGUUCAGCCUAAAUCAUAUAGUGCAAUAAAUUCAGAUAAUCAAGUGAAUUCUCAAGUACGUGGUCGAUUAAAAACUGCCUUUUCAAAUCUACGCCGUAGUAAUGCUUCACAUGUCCCGAAGUCGAAUACACGUACUCCGAAUACACCAUCUAACACUCCUGCGCCUAAUACAACAACAACAACUGCUGCUGCUGCUGCUGUUAAUAAUGGUAGCAAUAAAACAACUUCUGCUCAUGCUAAUGUAUCACGUCCCUCAGAAAAUGCUAAAACAAAUAGUACAAAAAAUCAUUUACUACAGAAUAAUAAAUCAUCAUCUUCAGCGUCAUCAAAUUCCAAUUCUUCGUCAACAGGUGGUGGCGGCGGCAGCGGCAACGGAGGAGGAGGAGGAGGAACACGUCGUUAACUUGAUCGCAUUAAUUGUUAACCACUUGUUUGCCCCUCUCUCCCUCUAUAUCUCUCUUCUGUUGUUUUCCACUGUAUUAUAAUUAAGAAGUGUAAUAAACUGAUAAAGGGAAAAUUUCCCUCUAUUAUUAUUAUUAUUAUAAAAGACAAUAACCCGGUAUAGCAUUUAUACGACUUGACAAUUAAUUAAUCAAUUAAGUAUCUUCCAUGGCUUCUUGUUUUUUUAUUUGUCCAAUGUUUGUGACUCUUCAAUUCUCCUCAUUUUGAAAGGAAAAGCAAACUAUUCUUCCCUUAAAGCUUCAUGGUCUUCUGUGUUCAGUGUUUUGUUUGUUUUUUUUGCAGUCAGAAUGAAAGUUUUUCAGGGUUCUGUUGAAUGUGUAAACAAUUCAGUAUUAUAUGUAUGACACGAGUGUAAUCACAAUAACGUGUAUGCAUAUAUAUACACAUACAUGCAUAAGGUCUUUAUUCUCACCGUGUCACUUUAUCAUAAUCCUGAUAACAAUUCGAAUCUCAGUCUGAUUUCUUCUACUCUCCCCCCCCUUCCUUUUCACCUUCUUUCUCUGUGUGUGUAUUUUAUUGUUAUUCAACUCUUGUAAUCUGCAUUUAUUUGUAUUUUACAGAUUAUGGAGACAAACGAAAUCACUAGCAGCCUUUCUUUUUCUUCCUUUCCCAUCAUCUGUUUAACUUCACGUCUGGUUUGUUUAUGAUUCACACACUGUGGGAGGAGAAUGAUUAGUCUACUUCUUUCUUUCUUUUUUUUAAGAAAAAAUUCAUUUAUUUAUUAUUUUUGUUGUUGUUGCAUUCUUGUAGACAUUGUCUUUUCUCUCUUUCUCUCUCACUCCCUCUGUCUCUUCUCUACAAAAAACAGAAUGUUUGCGCCAAAAAUUCUUGCUUCCUUUUUACUUCUUUGAUUCUCAUUAUUAUUAUUACAUGGAAGCUAUAGAUGGUGACUUUGUGUCUGUGUGAGCGUGUGUGCGUGUGUCUAUGUUUGCGUCAUAUGGUGGGAGGAGUGGAGUGAGAGGCGUCUGUGUAUAUGUAUGUACACCUGAAGAGGAUGUGAUUAAUCCACGCUCUUUUUUUAUGUUCUUUCCUGCUUUUAACCAAGUGUUUAUUGAUAAUAUAAUAUGAGAAUCAAUCAUGACAUUUGAUCUGUUUUACAGUCAGUAUAUAAUGUACUUACUUACUUACGUACUUACUUGCUUACUGACCGUGUAGUUAUGAUUCCUUCAAGCACAUAUGUGAAUAAAACUGAUGGUGAUACUAAUAAUAAUAACAACAUUUCGUAAAUAUCACGAUGUUGUUUCAGUUGUUGUUGUUGUUACAAUAUUGGCUUUCUUCACCCCCGCCCCCUUGUUUUCAUUGUGUUUUCUAUUUUGCUUAGUCAUCAUGGGUAUUAUUUUGAACAUAAUUUAUAAUAGUAAUUUGUGCCAGUCUCGCACACAUUCUUGCUUUAUUUUCUUUUUUUCUUUGUCUUUGUGUCAAUGAAUGAUUCAUGCUAUUCCAUCUGUUGCUGUUGUUGUUGCUGUCGUUAUUGUUGCCUUUCUUUUCCAUCCUCUUUUUUUUCUCUUGUCUGUUUUGAUUCUUCCACAGUAUUGAUCUCUCUAUUCAACAACUGUGUUCAGCUGUGGUUCUUACUUUCCUAUGGUUACCUCUGUUGGAGUUUAUCUCUGUGUUGUUAAUAAAAUAGGUGCUUUUGUGUAUACAUUUUAAAAUUCUUUUUUGUUCUGUUCUACUGUUUUUACUAAAAACAUUUUAUCAUUUCUUUUUGUGCACGAGUUAUCACUUAUCACCUACCACACAUGAGCAAUAAUCAACUGAUCUUAUUUAAACACUUUUUGAAGAGGUCAUUAUUAUUCUUAUUAUGAUUAUUACCGUUAGGAAAAAUGUUCUCUUUCUUCUGUGUUCAAAAUGCAAUAAAAACAAACAACAGUUUAGUUUUUCUCACAACAAAAAAAAACACGAAAGAAAACAAACAUCAUACCCCUUAUUUAUAGAGAAAAAUAAGAACAAUGUUGACGUUGUCAACAUAGUUAGCAUAGUGCUACACAGCUACUUUUCUGCGUUUGUUUCCACGUACUGUUUUUUUCCCUGUAUAACUUGUCUUUCAAUUGUCUCCAAGUCGACAUACGUAUAUAUAUGCAUAUAUGCGUCGCUGAAAUUCAGUAGUAUAUGACAUGAAGUGUGUGUUAUGUCAUUACUAUACAUAUAUUUAUUUAUACAUGCGCCUAUUGAGACAGUUAGUCUGUCUAUAUUCUCUUUUAUUGUUUUCCUUUUCUUCAUGCAGCGGUUUUUUAAUUUGGGUUUUUCUCUGUAUCAACUUUCUUAUGUAUUUAUGCCUCUUUAAAGGUUUAUCUAUAUAUAUAUAAAAUGUAUAUUUUGUUUCUUGUUCAAUAAUAAAUAUCCUUUAACUGCUUCAAAAAUUUACUCAAUUGAUCAUUUAUUCAUUUGUGCGUUUUGUUAUCUAGAGAGUUAUUUCAUCACUACUUUUUACGUUCAUUUAUCUUUUUUCCCUGUUGGCAAUAUUGUUUUUGUGUUGUUUUUUUAAAAAAAAUAUUGAUUUUGUUUGGUUUAUUACUUCUCUUUUGGAUAAAAAUGCAUAUAUACAUAAAUAUGUAGAGAGAGAGGUACUCUCUUUUCUUCUGUAUUCCUCUCAUUUUAUUUGUUCACUCUUUAGCCCUUUAAUGGUGGAUUUACACUAACACCACCACCAUCAACAACAACCACAAACCACAAAAAGAAAUAAGUAGAAGUAUAUCUCCAUGCUGUGCCUAAAUUUUUUAUCACUUCUGCAUUACGCCAAAAAAGGAAGUGUCUUGAGAAGUAUACAGCAAUAACCGUCAUCUUGAUUAAAAUCAUGCUUAUUAUUAUUAUUACUAUUGAUCUGUUUAUUUUGUUUGUCUCUUUGUGUGUGUGUAUAAUUCAAGUGAGACGAAGCGUCUUUUUUCUCCCUUGUUCACAAAUUUGCACUCUUUAUUGAUCUGUUGAUCUUUGUAUACAUACUUUCUCUCUUUUAUCUUCACUUGUCCAUCUUAUUUAUCUCAAUAUACUGAUACUCUAUGAAGUGGGAUAUUCUCUUCGUGUGUCCGUGCGUGCGUGCCGUUAAUUUUGAAAUUUCCAGGCGAAAAUUGUCGACUGAUUCACUUCAUUCUUUCAACAACAAACAAAUGUUAUCAAAUUAUCUCAAUUUGAGUUAUAUUUAAUCAUAAUAACUGUUUGUUUCUUUGUUUAAUUUGUAUUAGUGAUAUUGUGACGUUGACAAUGUUGAUAAAUAUAAUCAUGAUGAUAUAAUGAUUACUCCUUUUAUCAAAUAAAUAAACUAUAUUAUACACAAAUCCAAUUUUCUUUUCUUUUCUUUGUUUUUUUGUUUCUCUGCUUUAUAUCAAUGCUUAAAGCUUAAGCAAACAACAGCUGAAUUGUUUGUGUCAAUUGUAUGCUUGUGUGUGUGUUUGUGUGAUCAUAUUUAUUUAACACUUGCUACUGCUAAAAACACACAAAAUAAUUACGCGCCAAUGUAGAUAGAUUG